AUGAUUAGGGAUCAAGGAAAGAUUGCCACCACGAUCACACAGGACUUCCGAAGGCUGGGAGCAGCCCAGCAGCGACUGACAGGUGACAGGUGCGCCCAGUCGGUGCUGCCAAUGUCCACCCAAAGCAGUGGUGCACACCUGAGAAGCAAUGUCUUGGACAGGCCCUUCACUGUAGCCUGGUGGAGGCAGGAAAAAGGAGAGAGGUCGACUCCCGCUGCAGGCCUGCCUACACGACGUGUGGUCAAACUGAUUAUGUUUCCUCCCAUGACACAGGCUCUGCGGAAGGUCAUGGCUGUGAGUGCUAGCAGUGCGGCUGCUGUGAACAGCUCUGACACGCGCCUGCUCACUGGCAUCCCGGGGCUGCAGCACCCAGUGUGGCUGUCCAUCCCCUUCUGUACUGUGUUAACUGCCCUGGUGGGCAAUGGCAUUGCGGUCUGCGUCACCCUCGCCCAGCCAGGCCUCCGUGAGCCCAUGUACCUAUUCCCAUCUAUGUGGGCCAGUGCUGAUGUCCUCCUGUCUGCCUCCACCAUGCCCAAGACCCCGGCCAACUUCUGGCCAGGUUCUAGCCACAUCUCCUUUGAUGGCUUGACUCAGAUGUUCUUCAUCCACUUCCUCUUCGUGGCUGGCUCUGCUGUCCUACUGGCGAUGGCUUUUGACCGCUGUGUGGCAAUAUGCUCUCCUCUACGCUACGCCGCCAUCCUGACGAGGCAGGUCACGGCAAAGAUGGCCGCUGCUACCCUGACCCGCAGUGUCGUGAUCAUGUUCCCGUCCAUCUUCCUCCUCAAGCGGUUGCACUACUGCCGGGUCAACAUCCUCGAACACACGUUUUGUGAGCACAUGGGUAUCGCCCGUUUGGCCUGUUCCGACAUUUCCAUCAAUGUCUGGUAUGGGCUGGCAGCUGCUCUUCUCUCCACAGGCCUGGACACCAUUCUCAUUGCUACUUCCCACAUCCACAUCCUUCAGGCCGUAUCCUUCCGCCUCUCUUCCCAAGAAGCCCGGUCCAAGGCCCUGAGCACCUGCGGGUCCCAUGUCUGUGUCAUCCUGCUGUUCUAUAUCCCGGCCCUCUUCUCUGUCUCUGCCUACAGGUUUGGGGGGAGACAGAUCCCAUGCUAUGUCCACAUCCUGCUGGCCAACCUCUGUGUGGUCAUCCCACUGCUCAACCCUGUGAUUUAUGGAGUGAGGACAAGGCAGAUAUUGGAAGGUGCUAAGCAGAUGUUUGCAAAUAUCACCAAGGAACUCCUUCCCUGUACUUAUCAAAUGCUUUGUGUUCACUGCAUCCUUGCUCAUACACUUUCUAGUUAUCCCUGUAUCCAAAACUGUCAUCUAGUCACACCAACCUCUGACUGA